AUGUUGCUGUUGUUGCUGCUAGCGGCGGCGCGUGCGCAGAUCGAGCCGAGCCAAGAAGAUGGCAUCGACGUGCUGACCACGCCCAUGCAUGGCGAGGCCUGCGGAUACGCGAGCUGCCUUCCUGUCAUACCAGGCUGGCUGAAUGUUCACAUCGUACCACAAACGCAUAGCGAACUAGGACAUGGAUAUAACUUCCACCAACAUUUUACUGGAGUCCACCGAAUGAUGUACCAGCUAGUCCGCUCUGGCCGCCUGACCAUUGUUGGCGGCGGGCUCGGAGUCAGCGACGAAGCUUCGACCAACUACCACGCUAUCAUCGACCAAUUUACCUACUCACUCAGGAAGCUGAAUUCUACUUUUCGUGCCUGCGCGCGCCCUCUGGUGGCGUGGGCGGCAGACGUGUACGGCCAUUCGAGAGAGUUUACCUCGCUCAUGGCACAGAUGGGAUACGACGCUCUAUUCAUAAACCCGAUCAGCUAUGACGAACAGGUGGCGCGUAUGGGGCGGAAAUCAAUGGAGUUCCUGUGGCGUGGCAGCGAUGACCUUGGUGCGUAUUCGGACAUGUUCACGCACAACUUGUUCGACGGGUACUGGGCGCCCCCUGGCUUCUGCUUCAGUAAACUCUGCUCAGACCCACUGCUCGUCACCUCCAGCCAUCUCUUCUCCGACAUACAGGACCGGGCAGACAAGUUCAUCGAAACCGUGCUGUACCGACAAGCGCCCAACUUCGAAACUCGGAAUGUGAUGGUCAUCAUGGGGCAUCGGAAGGCAUACUCCGACGCCAAAGUCUGGUUCACCAACAUAGACAAACUUAUUGGCUACACAAACUGGAGAGCGAACCAGAAGCAACUGAAUAUAACUCUGUUCUACUCCAACCCGCCGUGUUAUUUGGCCGCCGUACACGACGAAAACCCAGAAUUGGAAACGAAACAGGACGAUUUCUUCCCGUACGUGCACGACAAGGACAGCUAUACUGUGGGCAUGUAUACCUCUAGACCUACCUUCAAGUACAUCAUCAGAGAGGCCCACGUUUACUUACAGAUAGCGAAGCAGAUGCAAGUCACAGCCAAUAUGGGACCCUAUGCGGACAUUUUCGACAACUUCAACUGGGUUAUGGGGGUGGUCCAGGACCACAGUGUGGCGUCAGGGGUGAUCCGGGACCGGGUAAAGCAGUACUACACGGAAAGGAUCGACGAGGCUAUCACAAAAUCCUUGGAGUUCGUUUCUAAAGCAUUCACAAAACUACGCUCAAGUCCACAGCACGUGUCGUACUUUAAAUGCCAGUUCAACAUAUCGUCCUGUUUUGACUCACGGUUCAUUAAAUAUAGUAUCCAGGUAUACAACCCGCUUGGUUGGGCCGUGACGACACCAGUGCGGCUGCCCAUCUACCCCACUAACAGCGUAUUCAAAGUCUACGACAAAGAUGGUGAAGAAGUAAAAUCAGCGACCAUAAAAUUGCCAGACACAAUAUUAAACAUUAAUGAUCGCGCGGACGCUGACUACGAGCUAGUUUUCAUAGCGUCCAACAUUCCACCUGUGGGAUUCCGGUCUUAUUAUAUAGAAGCACACUUCCAUAAAGCCAGUGUACUUGUCCGAAGACACGGAGGAAAAAGCCGAGACUAUGAUGAUGAUGAAGACAAAACAUUUACACCCAAGUGGAAACAGAAAGCAAAAUCAAGAACAAAUAAACAUAAAACAAAAGGUACAAAAGCAAAUAAACGAGAAAAGAAAAUGAUUACAACUAACACUGAAUAUGUAAACAAUACCCAGAAUAUUACUAGCAACAAUUUAGAGGACCUAAAAGAUUCUGUUAGUAAUUACAUGAAGGAUAGGUAUCUUGUUGAUGAUAUAGAUAACGAUGAAAUAUAUAGUACUACAGAAGGAGAAACACUGCUUCCGAUGCUAAAAGAAUUGACUACAGAAUCCGCAGUUAUGCUUCCUAUGCUAAGGGAUUUUUUACAAAAAUCUAAAGUUUUUCGUAAAGUGGAUUUCGCUGAAAAAGAAAAAGCAUUAUUAUCAUCGUAUGACUCGUUUGAGUCAAAAUAUCCUAGUACUGAGACACAGUUCGAGAGUACACAUACAACUGAAGCGGAUAUAAAAAUACCAUUUAAGAAAAGCUUUACAAGGUUCAGUGAUAUAGUGGUGCCAGACAUAAAAGUAAAUAUUAAUCGCCCGAUAAAGGGACCAAUCAUACAAAAACCACUACAAUUAAAAUCUAUAGAUCCUUACAGACCGUUGAAUUCAACAACAGAACCAGAUAUAAGAGUAUUUACGCCAGUCAAAAAAAGCUCAGAUAUAAAGAUAGUAGUAGAUACAGGUAAAAAAAUAUCAAGUAACAAAAGCAUAAUAAAAUCUAAGGCAAAAGAGCAAGAAUCUGUAGAAUUUGAUCAAGCUAGAACCGAAGCAGAUAAACCCGAAGAUUUAGCAAUAGUGCCGGUUCAAGCUGCUUCAUCAAAACGCACAGGUGGCUGGAUUCAAUGGUUUAGCACAACUGAGUCAGUAUUAGUAGUGCCAGUUAGAAAAAUGUGGGAAAUGGUUACAUCAAAACCUAAGUUGAAAGGCGAAAUGGAACGUCAAGAUGUGGAAGUGAAAAGUAAUGAAGAUAUUCAUAUUCAAGAACAUACAACUGAAUCAGUAAAUGUUCCAGUAGAGAUUGAAAUAAGACAAAAAAAUAAAACACAUGUUUUCAACUUAGAUGUGAAUAGGAAUUCCGAAUCAAUUAUAGACACUGAUGUGGUAGUUGAAACAGGUGCCCAGAACGAAGACAUUGAACACAUCGAAAAUCUCGAAAGGUUUAGAAUUUACUCACAGACCACUGAAGAGCCAAACUUACCAGCUACGGGAGAGAUCGCUCCGUAUGAAGAGGUUGAAUCAAGUACUGGCGAAGAAACUACUGAUUUUACGACUGAGAAAAUAGAUUAUACAUACAGUUCCCCACGAAAUAUUAGAUAUACAGAUGACGAUAAAACAUUGCAUGUAUCUCCAAUUCGAACUAAGAGUAACACUUUUGACACAUCGACAGUUGAUUCUAAUGAAAAAUAUUUCAAAGUAGAUGAUGGAAGCCGAUUGUUUAUUGGAAACAAGUACGUCCGCGUAAACCUUAACGAAAAACGCCGCGUCUCCAGCAUUUUUCUCCGGAACGGUGUCCGAAUGAACCUUGAGAUCCUCAUGUUCCACUACGUCUCUGAUGACCCCUCCAAAUUCGACAUCAGGACUUCACCGAGGAGAGACAUCAAACCACCUGGCGCCUACAUCUUCAGGCCUAUAGACCCUUAUAUUGUUAGAUCGGAGAAUAACUAUGAUGUCGACAUUGUCAAGACAGAUAUUGUUGAGGAAAUGCGUAUUACUUAUAGCAAUUGGACGUCUCUGCAGCUGAGGUUGUAUGUGGACAGUCCAGUUAUUGAACUCCACUGGCUGGUCGGUCCGAUUCCGACAGAGGACGGUCUGGGCAAGGACGUGUUCAUCCGAUACAAGACCGAUUUGGACCACGACGGGGCGUUCUACACGGACUCCAACGGACGACAGACCAUCAAGAGGAUCAGGGGGGCGAGGGCCACAUAUAGUCCUGUAGAAAUGGACCCCAUCACAGGUAACUUAUACCCCGUGACGUCUCGCAUCCACAUCGAAGACUUGAACAAGAACAUCCGUUUCUCGGUAUACAACGACCGGUGCCAAGCUGGCGGAGCCUUGUUAGACGGUGCUAUUGACCUGAUGCUGCAUCGCAGGAUCCUCACCGACGAUAUAGGUAUCCAGAGACUAGAGAUGGAUACCGGAUAUUCGCCGGAUACUACGCUAAUAUCCGGUAUCCGGCCGGAUACUACGCUCCGCUACAAUCCGGUAUCCGGACACAUUUUUCUAUCAGGCCGGAUACCGGAUAAUCAUAAAAUAAAUAAUAUAAACAAUAUCUUCCCAGGUUUCGGAGCAUACUUAAACGAGACAGAAUACGACGAGCCGAUCCGCGCAAUCGGAACUCACUACCUCUACCUCUCCAAGGCUCACAGAAACAAAAUAUUCGAAAAGAAACUAGUCAAAGAAAUAAACUUCGCUCCCCGCGUAUUAACAUCCAGCCAUCUCAUGUAUUCUGACGACUUACGGAAACAGUUUUAUGAUAGUAAAAACGAAUUUAGCGCGCUAAAAGAAAAAUUACCACUUGGAAUUCAUCUUUUAAGUCUAGAAAGGAUAACUGCCGAUGAGAUGUUAGUACGAUUCGAAAAUUACUUAGAAACAGGAGAUGCUACAAGCGACGGAGUUAGAUAUGUAAGGUUACGAGACCUUUUUAAAGAUAUAAAGGUUGUUUGGUUAAAGGAAACUUUGUUAGCUGGUAAUAUUUAUAAAGAGCAGUGGCGACCGACGCAAUGGAGAAAGAAUAAGUUUUAUAGAAGAUUUAAUGAGCAUUAUGGUAGUAUUAAUCAGAGCUUUGAAGAAGAAAGAUUGGAAUUACCUGAUGAGUUGGGCGGGAGGGGUGUGAGACUGGCUCCGCAGCAAAUCAGAACGUUUAUUGUUAAGUAUAAAUACACUAGAGGUUAAGAUUUGUAGAGCCAAUGCGAUCAAAAAUAGCAAAGUGGAUCGAGUAUUAAAGAGAGUUACUGUCAAAGUAAAAUUUGUAAUCACAGUGCAUAGACUGCCAUCUCUCGACACAAGCUUAAAACUUUUGAACCUCAGUUUUGACAA